GUCGCCCUGCCGCUUAUCUGUCAGAAUGCGAACAUGGCGACGAUGGUGUCCGUUUAAAGAGCAGCGACGCGUUUUCACUCCCGUUCGGCUACGACGAAUCUCAAUUGCCGCCGGCGCUAACGAGAAACACGAUGGGCAAUGCUGACACAAAGCUGAACUUUCGGAAGGCUGUGGUGCAAUUAACGUCGAAGACUCAGGUGAUCGAUACAUCGGACGAUAUAUUCUGGGAUCAGUUCUGGUCUGAGAAUGUGACCAACGUCCAGGACAUCUUUACCCUGAUCCCGGCACCAGAAAUUCGUGUGUUGAGGGAAGAGGCGCCUUCUAACUUAGCGACAUUAUGCUACAAGGCGGUGGAGAAGUUGGUCAAGGCAGUGGACAGUAGCUGCAGGACCCAGCGGGAGCAUCAGACCGUCCUGAACUGCUGUCGCUUACUGACGCGCCUGUUACCUUACAUAUUCGAGGAUCCUGAUUGGAAAGGUUUCUUUUGGUCCAGUUUACCUGGCAAGGACGACGAGGAGAGCUUGCCAUUGGCACACUCCCUGCUGAACGCGCUCUGUGAUCUGUUGUUUUGUCCUGACUUCACUGUAGCUGCCAACAGGAAAUCCGGUCCGGACAAAGCCGAUGAGUUGCAGUCGAUAGACAGCUGCGAAUACAUCUGGGAAGCGGGAGUAGGCUUCGCCUACUCGCCACCCAGGUAUCCUAUCCUAGAUUCGAAUCGCACGGAAUUGCUGAAGCUCUUGCUGACAUGCUUCAGCGAAACCAUGUACAAUCCGCCGACAGACCUGUCGAUCAUGCCGAACAAGUGGAUACAGCACUUGACUAGCAGUGAAAACAGACACGCCUUACCCAUGUUUACAUCGCUCUUGAACACGGUAUGCGCAUACGAUCCUGUCGGAUAUGGUGUGCCAUAUAAUCAUUUACUGUUCACCGAUUCGUUGGAACCGCUAGUCGAUGUCGCGUUACAAAUAUUGAUCGUAACUUUGGAUCACGAUACCUCUGGCGGGGCGCUGUUGGAAGAGGGGGCAAUCGGAGAUAAUUUGUUCAUCACUUAUCUAAGUCGAAUCCACCGCGAUGAAGAUUUUCAAUUUGUUUUGAAGGGUAUCACUAGAUUGUUGAAUAACCCAUUGAUGCAAACGUAUCUGCCGAAUUCAACAAAGAAAGUACAUUUUCAUCAGGAGCUAUUAGUGUUCUUCUGGAAAAUGUGUGAUUACAACAAGAAGUUCUUAUAUUAUGUGCUAAAGAGUUCGGAUGUUCUUGAGGUUCUUGUACCGAUUCUUUAUCACUUAAACGACUCGCGUGCUGACCAAUCACGAGUUGGUUUAAUGCACAUCGGCGUAUUUAUUUUACUUCUUUUGAGCGGAGAGCGCAAUUUCGGAGUGAGAUUGAAUAAACCGUACACAGCUACAGUGCCUAUGGACAUUCCCGUUUUUACAGGAACGCAUGCUGAUCUCUUAGUUACUGUAUUCCAUAAAAUCAUCACGACCGGCCAUCAGCGACUGCAACCGCUAUUCGAUUGUCUACUAACGAUUCUAGUCAAUGUCUCGCCGUACCUUAAAACACUGUCCAUGGUGGCCAGUACGAAGCUACUGCAUCUAUUGGAAGCAUUUAGUACACCGUGGUUCCUUUUCUCGGCGCCCACUAAUCACCAUCUGGUGUUCUUUUUGCUCGAGAUCUUUAACAAUAUUAUCCAGUACCAAUUUGAUGGAAAUAGUAACUUAGUCUAUACUAUAAUACGCAAACGGCAAGUGUUCCAUGCGCUCGCCAACUUACCCAGUGAUUGCAACACGAUCGCGAAGUCUCUCAGCAAGAGACAGCGUCGUCACAUGCCUGCGAGCACGUCAAACGAGAAUGUCAGCGAGACCGCGAUGGAAGGUUCGCAUCCCGCGCAACCCGCUGAACCCGGCACUUUGAAGGCGUCCCUGUUGGAGACUCCCGACAAUAUAACAGGUAUCGAGAAAAUGACGGAAAAGGAAUCGGCGCAUCCGCUGAGUCCAUCGGCCAGCGUUGAUAUUGGUAAGUCGAUCAGUAAUCGAUCGGAAAGCAAGAUGGAUAUCGCGGAGGAAUCGAUGAAGAAUUCCGUAGUGCCGAAGGGUGGCAUUCGUGUGGCCGAGCAAGCGAGUGCCAACAACGUUAAUAACGUUAAUCAGUGGGUGCCGUCCAGCGACUGGGUGUACCAGUGGAAGAGCAAACUCCCGCUGCAGACCAUCAUGCGAUUGCUCCAGGUUCUCGUUCCACAGGUUGAGAAGAUCUGCAUCGACAAGGGGUUGACAGACGAGAGCGAGAUCUUGAAGUUCCUGCAACACGGUACCCUCGUCGGGUUGCUGCCAGUGCCGCAUCCUAUCCUCAUCAGGCGGUAUCAGGCUAACGCCGGCACAACCGCGUGGUUUCGCACGUACAUGUGGGGCGUUAUAUAUCUGAGAAACGUCGAACCACCCAUAUGGUACGAUACGGACGUCAAGCUGUUCGAGAUCCAGAGAGUUUAGAUAACAAUCGCUAAGAGGUUCGUUAUCGUUCGCACUUGAAAUACUGUUUUAUUGGCAGUGCGCAGAAGAUGAGUCUCAUCGAAUUAUUGUGUAUCAUAUAGCAUCGUUCUUGAACAUUAAUUAAAAUUGAAGGAUUCAAUACAAUCCACUUUUUUAAGAGCUCGAUGACAUAUAAGUUUCUUCAGCUCUGAAGUAAACUUUAAAAUAAUAUCAGUUUAAAUGCAUAAUUACGAAGAGAGCUCUAAAAUAAGAUCCUCCGAGAUGUCAUAAAACCGUGUUAGACCAUUAGAAUCCUUCAGUUAACUGAAAUUUAAUUGAUUCCUCGUCUCUUUAGUUGAAGAAAAAAAUCCGGCAAAAUUGGUUCCCUUAAAUUUAUUCGACUAGUCGAUAAUGGCACCAUUCCUGCGAGUUAAAUCAACUUUUAAUAGGCAAGAAAGAGGCAAGAAUCAAUUAAAUAUCGGUUAAUUUUGACCAAUGUUUACGAGAAUUUAAUGAGACACAGCGCGACGAACACAUUGAGUCACACGCUUCGUCUCAUUUUCGAUUACUUUUUACACUGCGAGAUUCUCCAAAGUACUUUCAUCUGGAUGUAACAUACAUGUACUGUAUACAGAUCGUAAAUAUCGUUUGCAAUCGGCCACUGAUUUAUUAUAACAAUUAUUGUAUCCCGAAGACUGUAAUCUCGUUUGUAACAUAGUAAUAUACUGUCAGUAAAUGGAAAAGAUAUAUCGUCGAUCUUAAGGAAAAAUCUGUCAAUGAAAUUAAUUUAAUAGACGACAAGAACCGACUAUAAAUAAAAUAAUAUAUUUUAAACUUUACUUAUACAUUUCUUCGCAUUUUUUAUGUACACUUUUACUGUCGUCAAUUACGAUUCAUAUUUUACAGUUUUGAUUUCUAUCGUUUUAAUGAAUCUCCCUAAAUAGAAAAAACUAAAUUUAUCGCAUAAUUAUUUUUACGAAAAAAGGACAUUCGAUUAUUGUUUCAUUAAGACCGGCGAUAUCGUAGAUCGUUAUCAGAGCUAGAGAAUCCAUCUUUCGCGAUAUGUAGCUGCGCUUUUCGGAAGAUGAUUUUGUCCGCUUUUGCACCUAACUGUUAUAUAUUUCGCGUACAGCUGUAAACUGAAGUAACACUUAAAUGCUUAUUUAUACGUGGAAACCGUUUCACACUUUCGCGAAAGGUACUGAAUCUGUACCACAAGAGAACUUCUGGGUCCGCUUUUAUUAAACUCACCGCAACACCACGUGGCCUUUCUUCUUUUUGUCUUACAAGUGCGAGUUCAUUUUUAAGAGUGUAAAUAAAAACGGACCCGACGAAAAUGCUUUUUACGAAUGACGACGUUGUGUGCGGCGAAUCAACUGCGAUUUUUUUAAAACUGUAACGUAGGAAAAACGGACUUUAGAUACUUCUGCUCUUCUUAGAACUGCACCCUCUUAGACUUUUUAUGAUACAAAAUAAAUGUUCGCUCAGGCCUUGCGUAGAAAGAAGAAACCAAUGAAGUACAGAAGCAAAAUUCAUAUUCUCUAAUGCCAUAUUUUCCGUUUAGUCUUUUGCAGUGUUUCUUGAAGAAAUCGAUAAUUUAUCGUGACAUAAAAGACAUAUAAAAAAGAGAGAUAGAUAUAUAUAUAUAUAGUAAAAGAGUAAUUCGAGUUUUGCUCCUUACAUCUUUGAAAUGAGAACAAGAUUGUAAGUGCAGUUAGAAAUGACGAUGAGUUUUGUACAUCACGGUACACCUGCGACUUAUAGUUACGAAGAACAUCCAAAUAGGAUCUCACAUCAGUAUGUAUUAUAUGUAGUUGUCUUUAAAUAUAUAGAGUUAUAACACAAA